CUGAUUCCAAAACAUUCAAAAUCAAGAAAUCCUAAAAUCUUUUUUUCGCAGCAAAAUUGAUAGCCCAAAAUUGAUAACCCUAAAAUCAAGAACGCAGCUCCCACGAAGACGGUGCUCACCCUCACAGCCAUUCUUCCGCAACCAGCCGUCGCUCAGAGCCAGCCGCCGCUCAGGGCCAUUCGUCAGAAGCCACCAUCGCUGUCCACUCCACUCACAGUUCACAAGCACAUUUUGGUUGUUUAAAGUGUUCCGUCACCGUCUUCAAAGCAGAACGGUGUGCAAGAGCAAACUUUAGCUAGAUUGGAGACGAAGGGGGUGCGUCACGUCAGUAAAAGAGUACAUCCUUCAACGAAAUCAAAGUCUAGAAUAAACAAUUAUUUGGACUCUCAUUAUAUGGAGGACAGCGCACGCCAGGAGAAAGUUAGAAAGUAUGAAGAAUUUGUUGACAAACGCUUGAAACCCGAUCUUAUUCAUGCUAUUAGUCAACGGGACAAGGUUUUUGAACAACAGAAAAUUUUUGCUGAUCUGCGAAGAAACAUUGAAAACCUCGAGAAGAAUAGUGUAACCAGUCUAAGAACUUUGGUCAAUAUUGGGUCUGAAGUAUACCUGCAGGCAGAAGUGCCAGAUACUCAACGCAUAUUUGUGGAUAUAGGAUUUGGAUUCCAUGUGGAGUUUACUUGGUCUGAAGCUUUGAACUACAUAGAAAAAAGGGAAGAAAAGAUAGCCAGGCAGAUAGAAGAGUACACCCGGUUGAUUGCAUCAAUUAAAGCCCAAAUCAAGCUUGUUUGUGAAGGGAUUCGAGAAUUACUUCAACUUCCAGCUGAGAAAUCCUUAUCAGAGCGGAUAUUUUGAUAUUUACCAAAUAUAUACCAAGUUGCUCAUGUCUUUAGCCGUCAUUCAACGAUGCAAAGAAGAAAUGCUGAACAAAAACAGAUUGAUAUUUAUCCACCUCAAUCUUAAAUCUCUUUAUGUGAUCUUGUACCAAGUCCAUGAAAGAUACAUUAAAUGCUAUUAGGUUUUCUAGCUACCCUUUUUUCUUUGUAGUUAUAUAGUACCAUUGUGAUGCCUCAGCCUUCAUGUAAUUUUUCAAGGCGAGGUCUAGGGGAUUUUCAAUAUCAGGCUUCAGUUUUUGUAUUUUUGGGUCAGCAAAUCAGGCUUAUCAGAAAGAAGGAUAAGAUAAAAGUGAUGAGAGUUAUAAAUAGAAGAAGGGUCAUGUCGCAUGUCUUUGAGAUUGGCGUGAUAAUGGGAAAAAAAGGGAGAAAAGUGGGAGGUAGGCUUGAGUUGCAUUAAAUGAGAGGGUAUAAUGUGAGUUACCAAAGAGGUGUUGCUUUAUGCAAUUUGCAAUUUGUCUGUGUAAGUGUAUGAGAUAUUAAGGGCAUUUAUAUCAUCUUACAUGGUCCUUCACUCAA